GGUCCGGCCCUUUAAGACGCAGCAGCGGGUCAGCAAGUAGUGUAGUGUUUCUCUAAUUGAACUUCGCCCAAUCAACAAUAACUCGUUAGCAGUCGCUUUCUUUUUCUUGCUGCUCGCGACAGCUUUUUUCUCCUUGCAGGGAUUCACCCCCUCCAGUCCGCUACUUCCUAAAGAUCCACAUGGAGCUUGGCAGAGGAACUGCGGAUCUCUGAGGGGAACAGCUACAGAGCGGUUGCCGUUGCAACUCCGCCAGGAGCAUGGUUGUUUUGGAGGAAAAGUCUCAGGCGAACUAAGUUGCAACAUUCGGCUUUAAGAGGCAACAUUUAGGGGAGUUGUUCGAGCGGCGGAGGACACACGUGUGGACGCGUAAAAACGACCAUUUGAAUGAAAUAAUCAACUUUGCGAAAGCAGCGAUUGUUCGGGGACUGCGAUGACCUCUAGUAAAGACAUGAAGGCAGGUUCUGUGUUGCAGUCCAGCGGCGAGGAGAGGAGACGGGCUCCCCUGGACCAGCUGCCGCCGCCGGCCAACUCCAACAAGCCGCUGACGCCGUUCAGCAUUGAGGAUAUCCUUAACAAACCGUCGGUAAAGAAGUCGGUGGCGAGUAUCUGUCCGCCGAGAGUGCUGGAGAAAGUCUCGGGCUCUAACUCGGGGAGAAACGGGAUCACCACUCCCUCCUCGCCGCUGUGCGCGCUGGAGGAGUUGGCCAGCAAAACGUUUAAGGGUCUGGAAGUCAGCGUGAUCCAGGCAGCAGAAGGUCGUGAGCAUGUAAACGCCUUCGGCCAGAGGCAGACGUCGAAGAAGAGGAGAAAGUCGCGGACGGCCUUCACGAACCACCAGAUCUACGAGCUGGAGAAGCGGUUCCUGUACCAGAAGUACCUCUCCCCGGCCGACCGCGACCAGAUCGCGCAGCAGCUCGGGCUCUCCAACGCGCAGGUCAUCACCUGGUUCCAGAACCGCCGGGCCAAGCUCAAGCGGGACCUGGAGGAGAUGAAGGCGGACGUGGAGUCGCUAAAGAAGAUCACGCCGCAGACGCUGCAGAAGCUCGUCACCAUGGAAAACAUUGACGACGCGCAGGGUGGCGGCCCCGAGUCCCCCAGUAUCUCCCCGACCUCGCAAGGACACCGGGCCUUCCCCCAGUCGCCCUCCUCGUCCAGAGACCAAACCACGGAUGAAUUCUCGGAGGACGACGAGGAAAUCGAGGUGGACGAUUGACAGUCGCGUCUGGUUUUCAUAAGCAACAGCAACAAAAAAAAGAAUAUUAAAAAAAAAAAGGGGGCAUUUUUUUCUUCCCAAACUUUUGCACGGAUACUGACAAAAAGGAGAAUAUCAACAUUUCAGGAAAGUUUUUUUUCUCCUCUUCUUCUGUUUUUUCCUCCAUUUUAAUUUAUUAAUCGGACUUGUUCGUUUUUAAGUUUUCACCAACAGGAAUAUCUGCUCCACUCACACACUGACUUAACUGUUAUGGUACAGGAAGACUUGAAAAGUGUGUAAACAUCUUAAUGUUUCUUUUUAUUUUUUUUUGUGGAGGGGUGUGUGGAAAGUUGUGCAAUUAUUUUUUAUUUUUUUGUUGUUUGCCAUUUACGCGCAUUCUUCUGUCUGGAUCUGCCAAAUAUUUAAAUGAACCCAUCCCCCCCACCCCCCACCCCCCUUUUUUUGGGUUUGUCCCUGCACAGCUCGGGGUCGAUGUCUCAGCACAUCACACCUCAAGAGUAAAAAAAAAAAAAAAUUCAGUCCUGAGCGAAACGUGUGUGAGAGCAUGCGGGCCUGUGCGCUGCGCCGAGGACGCACCGCCGUCACCAGCGACUGCGAAACUUUUACGCGCCCCGAGUUCUGUACAUAGAUCAAACAUCCUAUGCGAUAAUUUUAUUGUAACAUUCUAUUUAAUCAGCAUCUAUGUAAAUAAAGGUUAUAUGAUAUUUCAAA